GAGCGCCUUGGUAGGGAAUACGAUUCGCUGAUUCUGUCUCCGCCACUACUUCAUGCUGCCACAUAAGGCAGCGAGGCUAUUUGGUAUGUAACGCGUCUCUGAUCACAAAAAGGCAUUUGGCUCGGGUGCUAUAAAUUGUAAACGUUGGCCGGAUGCAGCUUAAUCUCUUUCACCAUUCCUCGAAUCAUAGUAUCUGAACAUUCCAAUAACACCGACUUUAUUACUCAUUUGCUACCAAAGAACAUCAUGGCCGUCGCCCCGCUUCAAACGGAUACUUUCUCCGUCUUUCUCCAGGGAUACCUUUCACGCCCUGAUCGCUUCUUCGAAGUAGUCUCACACGGCAGCAAUUCACAACCACCCAAUUUGAUUCGAAAACGAUUCAUUUUCAAACAGGCCUCUUUUAGCGGAUUCGCGACCGAUCUCGAUUCGAGUAUGAACCCCAUGCAUGGGCAAAUAGGUCUCUAUGUCUCAGGCUUAACGAACCUAGAGGUCCAAAAACUAGACAUCUUUACACGGAAUGUAAUCAUGUCCACAUGUAUGAAAAUGCAAGGCAAGGUGUCACUCAUGUGCAACCAUGGCACGGUCUGUAUGAGGGAGGUCAUUCUUUGGUUAGGGAUCCCGAGGAACCAAGUGACACAAACCUCGAACGAUGUCCCGAAUUCCCAAUUUGCUGGCGAAGGAAGUGGACCUGGGGCUGGGAAUGCCAGCAACAUUGCGAAUCAAGCAGCUCAGCCCUGGGAUGGAUUCCAAAACCACAUCGACAACGGAAAUGGAUCUUCAUCGGCCUUUGGUAACGGCCCAAAUAAUACCAUUGGAAACAACUGCCAAAACAUGAGCCGAGAUCUUAGUGGCGCUGCUCGGGCUGCUUGAUUUUCCCGCAUCUCACGAGUGCAACGUCAGCUUCUUGGUUCGAAAUGAUCUCAGCUAGAAUAAGAGCUGAGCGAACAUACGCGAACAUACGCGAUCAUACACGAAAAUACAAAGUUGUCAAUUUACUCCAAGUCGGACAUACCUACGAAAACCACAUCAUACGCCGAAUCACAACUUUUGAGUUAUCAGUUUCACAAGAAGAAAUGGGGCUUAGUACCUACUAUCGCAAUGGAACAUCAGCUUUCAACGAUUACAAAGCAAAAA